UAGAAAGGGGAAAAAUCCAAAAGAUUCAACCCCCCUUUGCCCAUUGGCCGCCUCCUCUUCGAGCGGGCACGGGCUCCACUCUGUUCUUGGCCCUCCCCCACUUGCAUUCUGACUAAAUAUAAACUCUUCGCCAAUCUUCCUGGAGGAAAAAAAGAAAAGAGAGACUCCAGAAGGACGGCUUUUGUUGCGGUCUUCUUCUUCUUCUUCUCCCUCUUCCCUCUUCGAACCAGGCUUGGGCGAUAUCGAUAGGAGGUAAUCCCGGUGGCGGCCGGAGAGGCCGCCUAUUGGAGCUUGGAAGGGGAGUUGGUUCUUGAUCUCUCAGCGGAUCCUGCCAGAACUGGGCCUUCUAUUGGGUUCUCCGCCGAGGAUUCUUUUGGCGGCGGAGGGCUUUGGCGUGGGGAUCUGGUGGGGGAUCGGUGGGGAGGUUGGUGGAGCUUUGAUCGGGGAUGCCGGGAUUGGAGUUCCGGGAAGAGUUUUGGUGAGGGAUUGAGGUGGUUUGUAGGUUUGGAGUUUUUUGUUUUUGUUUUUUUGCCUUGUUGUUUCGUUUUUUGUGAGGAGGGGAGGUGUGGAGAUGGCGACGGUGCAACAGAUGCCGCUGUCGAGUAUGGACAUGGGGAGUGUUUACGGUGGUUCGUCGUCCAAGGUGAACAAGCCGAUGCCGAAGGAUUUCCCGAUGGGGUUGAGGGUUCUUGUGGUGGACGACGACACCACCUGCUUGAAGGUUUUGGAGCGGAUGCUUCUGGAAUGCCAUUAUAAUGUCACAACUUGUAAUAUGGCUACAACAGCAUUAUCUAUUCUGCGGGAGAGUAAGGGUGGUUUUGAUGUGGUAAUGAGUGAUGUUCAUAUGCCUGACAUGGAUGGUUUCAAACUGCUUGAACUUAUUGGUCUUGAAAUGGAUCUUCCUGUUAUCAUGAUGUCGGCUGAUAUGAGAACCAGUAUUGUGAUGCAAGGAAUUAAGCAUGGAGCUUGUGAUUAUUUAAUUAAGCCUGUACGCAUGGAAGAGCUAAAAAACAUAUGGCAGCAUGUUGUUAGAAAAAAGUGGAAAGAAAACAGAGAAGCUGAACAUUCAGAUAGCUUUGAGGAUACUGACCAUAACAGGCGAGUCAUUGAUGAUGCCGAAAAAACUUCCUCAGGAACUGAUGCAACUGAUAAUAUCUGCAAAUCUCAGAAAAAGAGAAGAGAUGUUAAAGAAGAUGAUGAAGGUGAACUCGACAAUACUGAUUCCUCAUCGAAGAAGCCACGUGUAGUGUGGACUGUGGAGCUUCAUCAACAAUUUGUCAAUGCGGUAAACCAGCUUGGAGUGGACAGGGCUGUCCCCAAGAGAAUUCUUGACUUGAUGAAUGUUCCAGGUCUAACGAGAGAAAAUGUUGCGAGCCAUUUGCAGAAAUUCAGAUUGUAUCUGAAGAGAUUGAGUUCAGCUCAACACCACACUGGACUUCCUAUUUCAUUGCCUGAUGCUGGCUCAAAUGCAGAAGUGCCUUCACUUGGAAGCCUUGAUUUCCAAACAUUGACGGUCUCAGGUCAAAUUCCUCCACAAACCUUGGCUGCUUGGCAAGAUGAGCUAUUCGGCCGACCUGCUGGCAGCUUAGGAAUGCCAGAAAUGGUCCAACCAGUUCUUCAACAAGCCUCAAUUCAAGGAGCUAAAUCUGUUCCUGUUGAACAUGGCAUAGUGUUUGGUCAACCUCUGAUAAAAUGCCAGGCCAACAUGCCCAAACAGUUCCCUCAAUCAAAUGUAGCUGUUAGGGGCUUGUCUUCUGGUUUUCCUACUUGGUCCUCCAAUAACCUUGGGGUGGUCUCUGGCAGCAAUCUUGGAGGGUUAAGUAGCACUCAAAAUAGUAACUUGCUGGUCCCGAUGUUACAGCAGCAACAACCUCAUCCUGUGCUAUCAGAAUCCCAUCAUGCAAUUAAUGUGCAACCAUCUUGUCUAGUUCUUCCCUCUCAGGUGUCAAAGAGGUUUCAGGCAAGGGAGAAGCCUGUGCUCGUGAAUCAGAACUCUGUAUUAGUGCCUUCUCAGUCAUCAACUAGUUUACAAGCAGAGAAUAAUCCUACUAUGAAUCAGAACUCUAUAUUUGCUCCUCCGAAGUCAUCAAAUAGUAUGCAGGCAGGUAAUAAUCUUAGUCUUGUAAGUCGGAAUUCAUCAUUGACCAGUUCUCAAGGUGGGAAUAAUCCUGGUCUCAUAAAUCAGGAACCCAUGGGUCCUUCUCAAUCAUCAACCAGUUUCCAAGAUGGGAAUGAUCCUGGUCUCAUAAAUCAGAACUGCAUGGUUGUCCCUCCGCGGCUGUUGACUAGUUUUCAGGAAGGGAGCAGUCCUGCCCCAAUCAGCUAUUGCUCCAGCUAUAAGAACAGUGCAAUUGUGGACAACAGCCUACUCUCAUCUCAGUCAAAUAAUGCACAACUGGGUCAGGCACAAGUCUUGGACGAAGGCUUCAAGGAUAUCACUGUACUAAAUAGAUACUUGAUUCCUAAAUCAAUUUAUUCGUCAGUGCCAUCCUGUACUGAUGCCAGCGCUGGUUGGAGGGCACAGACCCCUGAUGGGAAUAUUGGUCCCAUUAAUCAAUCACCUUAUCUUGUACCUAAUUUGAAAAACAUUCAAGGUGCUGGUGCAGUGUCACAGACUUUGCCUGAUCAGGGACAAGGGAGAAAUCUUGGUUUUCCUAACUUGAGCAACAUCCAGGGUGGUGGUACAGUGUCACAGACUUUACCGGAUAAAGGACAAGGGAGAAGUCUUGGUUUUAUUGGUCAAGGUACUCGCAUUCCCUGCCGGUUUGCUGUGGAUGACAUUGAAUCUCCCACUAAUGGCACAAGUCCUGAUGAUGAUAAAGACAUAUUGAAUAAAGAUUUCUUUGGGCUUAAUGGUGAUAUUUAAAGUGUGGAACCCAAUGAGUCCUCCUAUUUCAAGUGACUUCAUGAAUGUUCUAUGUAAGUAGGGAUGGAGCGGUAGAAUUCUUCUGGAAAUCCUAGGCAGCAUUUCAUGUGCAAUCUUCAGGAUAUCUGGUUCGGUCUUUCUCUUCCCCCUUCUCUCUUAACCUUUCUAAUUGUCAUUUGGGUUAGUCAUCCUGCUCAGGUCCUCAAAAAUCGUUAUGGGAUUUGGUGUACCUGUCCUGUCCUUGGAGGCUACAUUAGGCUCCUCCACUGCAGAAUUAUGGAGAUGGGACUGUUCUUAAGUUCUUAAAUGCCAAGUCUACAACCCAGAGAAGGCAUUUAAAAUGUUGGGGUGGAAGAAAUGGAGGAGCGCAGAUUGCUGAUGAAUUGGAGGCCUAAAAGAAUUCCCUCCGACAACCAACCAAAAGUGACUGCUCUUUAGCCAUUUGUCCGGACAUGUAUUGAGAAAUUUUUUGUGUAUAUGGGCAGUGUAAAAAAUUUGACAUGGAGCAUAUCGUUUUGUCCAAUUAGUCCACACAGUCAUUAUUUUUCAACGCAUAUUUAACAUCUGCAAAUCAAUUUUUUCAUUUAAAAUUUGUACAAUAAAAAUAUGUCUGUUCUUUGGAAAAAAUUAUGACAUCCUGUGCCAUAUUAUAAUCCAAGAAGUCAUAAUAUAGCUCAAGAUAUCAUAA